ACGGACACAACAGUAAUGUGGUACUCCGUCACACGUGGACUGCAACCUCAAUAUUCAACUGUUUUCGUUUUCGUAGUAACCAUAUUACAUAAACAAUAUAUCAUCAUGUCAUCGUAUAAACUAACAUACUUCAACGUAACUGGAUUGGGCGAACCUAUUAGAUUCUUGCUGUCCUACUUGAACAUUGAUUUCGAAGAUGUUCGUUUUGAACUUGAACAAUGGCCAUCGAUCAAACGUAGUAAGUAACCAUAAAUACCAAUUUGUAA